AUGUCCAACCAAGCUGUCGGUAAUGUCUACCAGGCAAUCAUUGAGGAGGUGAUCAACAACUCUCGGGUCGAUUUCGAGGAGAGCGGCGUGGAGGAAUCGGUGCUGGAGGAACUGCGCCAGGGCUGGCAGCAAAAGCUGACGCAGCUUGAUGUCGCUCGGUUCCCAUGGGACCCAAGGCCGGAGCCCACGCCGGCCGUGGCAGAGCAGCCGCCCGCUCAUUCCUAUGUGCCUCAGCCUCCUAUCCCAGUCGCUGCUCCCGCUGCCCAUAACGGCGCAGCAGAAGGAGCCUAUAUCAAGGACGAGCCUGGUGUUGCUAUUAAGGAAGAACCCGGCACGCAAGCAGCUGGAGUCCCCCCGUACCCCGCUUACACGGGCAUGGAUAAUGCCAACAGCGUCGCCGCGAGCCGAGCAGCGCAACAACUGCAAGCUCAAUAUGGGAUUCGUGCCGCAGGCUCGAUCAACGCCAUCCAAGAUCGCAUGGGUCAACAGCCUCAGCAAUCGGGCCAAGCAUCGCAAGCCCAGGCACCUGCUGGUCAAGCACAGCAGCAAGGCUACAAGCCACCAGCGAACCAGCAGGUCCAAAACAACCAGACUGACGGCGCCGGAGACGCAGACGACGAAGACUUUGAGGGGGUGCUUCUCCAACGCAGUCAGGCCGGUACCUUGGAUGAGCUCGGCCGAGUAGACAUCGACCGCAUGCUCCAUGCCAAGAUGGCCGCGCAGGCUCGCAGCAUGGAAGGUGGCGGCUUAAUGCUACCCUUGAAAGAGGCAACCAAGAACAAAAGCACCGCUUCAACAAGCCGCAAGGGCAAAAGAGUUGGCGCCUACGAUGGUGGGGAUGACGAUGACGAGGAGGAAGAUGAGGAUGCCAUCAACUCAGACCUCGAUGACCCUGAUGAGGACCAUGAAGAGGAUGAGGUCGACGAUGAGGGUCUUGGUCACAUCAUGCUUUGCAUGUAUGACAAAGUCCAGCGAGUCAAGAACAAGUGGAAGUGUACACUUAAAGACGGCGUUCUUACUGUGAACGGCAAGGAGUACGUCUUCCACAAGGCCACUGGAGAAUAUGAGUGGUAA